UGCACAGCAAACUGAGUGUAUAAGCGAAGUUUUAAACCAAGAAGUAAGUAUGUAUAGUUUACUUCUCUCUGUGUAUCUAACGCGCUACUAAAAUUUUCAACUAAAGUAAAUUUUAAGUUUCGGAGCAAUUUUGUUGUGUAUGGUCCUGUUAUCAAGAAAAUUCAAUCUGCUAGUGAUUAACCCGCGCUUCCUAGUAGUAGUAUUAACUUGGUAAGUUACAAUUUUGAUAUAUUUAGUACAUGUAUAAUUUUAACCUAAAACUGUGUAAAAUUGCAAGUUGGGUGGGUUACAAUGAAACAGUUUGGUUUGGGGCACAAUGAAACAUGUUUCAUUGUGCCCCAGCUUAAAAAAAAAGCGUUUUUCUUUCAGGAUUUAUGGUACGAAACAGAGUCCGUAAAAGUGAAAAAGGAAGCUUUUCUGAGGAUUCUAUGCGCGAAGCCGUUAAUUUGGUUAAUCAGGGAAUGAGUUUGCGAAAGGCAGCUCACCAAACUGGUUUAAAUUUUUCAACUGUUUUUCGGUAUGUUAAGAAGAAAACUAAAGCACAAGAAAAUGAAGAAGUCCGAAUGAAUCCUAACUACCAGGUCAGACAAAUUUUCACCAGGGAGCAAGAGGAAACUUUAUCGCAUUAUAUAGUAACUUGUGCACGCAUGUUUUAUGGACUACCGACUUUAGAAAUUAGGCGAGUUGCUUAUCAGGUGGCACAGGCCAAUUCCAUUAAGUAUCCGGAAAAAUGGAACCAUGAAGAAAUGGCUGGUGUUGAAUGGUUAUACGGCUUUAUGAAGAGACAUCCAAUGCUAAGUGUCCGUACUCCAGAAGGAUGUAGUUUAUCCAGAGCAACUGCUUUUAAUGAGCAUAAUGUUCAGAUAUUUUUCGAUAAUCUGAAUAAAGUUUAUGAGAGUAACCCUGCAUUUGCUGACGGAACAAGGGUUUAUAAUUUGCUGUUUUAUUUACUUAUAGUUAUAAUUUUGUUAUAAACUGGGCUGAGCACGUUCUUUGUUUUGUGUUAUAAUUGUAAGUUGGGUGGCAGGGAAGACCAGUUCUGCAGGGGUUUGCUUACCUGCACAACUGAUUGCUGACCCUUUCUGCUAGUGUUAUUGUUAUUUAUUUUAUGUAAUAUG